AUGGCAGAGCCAACGCAAGAUCUGGUAGACCGGUGGUACCUCGCUGGAGGACUCUACUCCAACUCGACGGUGGGGAUCGCAGUGGCAGCAAUCGAACUGUUCAUGUGGAUCUACAGCGUCCAACUCUACCUCGAACUCCCCCGCGUCGAACGGCGCGGCCGCGAACGCUACCUUGUCGUUAGCUUCGUCAUGGUGUCGUUGGCGUGCAUGUCGGCUGUGAGCGGGGCUAUUAACGUUUAUAAUGUCUUGUUGGAGACGCAUCUGCCUAGUGGGAACGUCGAUGAAGUCUGGGAGAAGUAUGAUAAUUCGUUGCUGGAUCAUAUGGAGAUUAUGGGGCUUAUGGUGCAGCGGUGGGUUGGGGAUUUGUUGCUGAUAUACCGGUGUUAUAUUAUCUGGCAAGAUCGGUUGGCAGUGGCUAUCCUCCCUGUACUAGUCUUCCUCGCAUCUUUCGGUAUAAGUCUCCGCCCUUUCAUACCCCUCCACGGCUGGAAAUACCGCUCGCACCACCUCCGCACAGUCGACGCCUUCGUCUACAUGUCCCUCCACAUCCUCGUCACCGCCCUCAUCUCCAUCCGCCUCAUGCGUGCCCGUCGAAGGCUCACCCGCACUUUAGGGCUAGCCAUAGACGAUAGGGUCUACACGAGCGUCGUCGCUAUGCUCGUGGAAUCGGCUGCGGCUAUCGCGGUUGUUACGAUCCCGUACGCUACGACGAAUAUUGUGGCGGGUUGGACGGCGUAUCAGGUAUACACGGUGUUUGCGGUGGGGUAUAACACUGUGAUUUCCCUUGCACCGCAGCUGAUUAUAUUCAGAGUUGCAAGUGGGAGGUCGUGGGUUAGGCGCCCGGAGAGCUUUAGCGACCCUGUCUCGCAUGAUCUCCGAUUCCACGAAUCACAGGUAUCGGAGAAGUUUGAACCAUAG